AUGGCCGAUCCCAGAGUUGAGGAGCUCCCCGAGGAGGAGGUUAAGAAGACCCAGGUCGAGGAUCUCGACAACUCCAGCGAUGACGAGUCCGAUAUCGAGGCUGGCGACUCCAGCCUUCCCGCUGGCUCCCAGGCCGUGAUCCACUCCCGCAACGAGAAGAAGGCUCGCCAGGCUAUCGCGAAGCUGCACCUCCAGCCCGUCCCCGGCAUCACCCGCGUCACUCUCCGCCGCCCCAAGAACAUCCUCUUCGUCAUCAACAACCCCGAGGUCUACAAGUCCCCCAACAGCAACACCUACAUCGUCUUCGGUGAGGCCAAGAUUGAGGACCUUAACGCCUCCGCCCAGGCCGCCGCUGCCCAGCAGCUCGCCAGCCAGUCCGCUGAGCACGACCACGCCGGCCACAGCCACGAGCACGAGGAGGAGGGCAAGGCCAAGGAGGAGGAGGAGGAGGAUGAUGGUGAGGAAGUCGAUGCCGAGGGUAUCGAGGACAAGGACAUCGAGCUUGUCAUGACCCAGGCCAACGUCUCCCGCAAGAAGGCCAUCAAGGCUCUCAAAGAGAACGACAACGAUAUUGUCAACUCCAUCAUGGCGUUGAGCAUCUAA